UCAAGGCUUCUGCCAAGUAUUGUACUGAGCACGUAUUAGUCAUUUGCUGUCGUGGGCUGGCUCAAAGUGUAAUAAAAAUCACAUUCAACAACUAUAAACAAAAAAUUAUAUUAAAAAAGUACAGAUAUGGAAUAAAAUGUGAAUACAUCAAUACCAGCAUGUAUUUACAAUAUAAACAGCUUUAUAAAAAGUGGUUUAAAGUGCUACAGUGCAGUGAUGGGGUAAUAGAUAGAGGUGUGGGGAGGGCUGAGUAGAAUUUUUUUAAUAUAUGUUAUUACAAGUUAUGUAUAAAGUGCUUACAGUGCAGUGAUGGGGUAAUAGAUAGAGGUGUGGGGAGGGCUGAGUAGAAUUUUUUUAAUAUAUGUUAUUACAAGUUAUGUAUUGCACUGUACCAUUGCUAUAAACCAAAAUUUCACAACAAUGAUCAUAAACCUUGUGAUCACGACCCCAGUAUUUCUAUUCUUAAAUAUUUGACACGAUUCUUUUUAUCAUCAUCAUGACUCCAGUAUUUCUACUAUUCUUUGAUAUUUAAUUGUACACGAUUUUUAUUAUGUUCUAUCGCUGAGCAGCAGUGAACCAUUGGCCUAUCAGAGUUCUCUUUGUGAACUAGUUCAGGUGAAGGAGGGGGAGAAUGGGGAUAAUAUAAGCUGGGAAAUGAUAGGUGGAAGAAACCCAUACUAGCUCUUCCUUCAGUUAGUCCUGUCGAAGGGUCUCGGCCCAAAACGUCGACUGUACCUCUUCCUAGAGAUGCUGCCUGGCCUGCUGCGUUCACCAGCAACCUUUAUUGUUGUUGCCAGUACCUUGACACUUUUUUCUCCCCACUUUAGGAGGGUGAGAGGAGGGAGAAGAGGGGGAGGGUGAGAGGAGGGAGAAGAAAGUGGUGGCUGGUUCAUAUUCGUUAGACAACCCCAGGGCCUGCAACCCGCUUUCAAUUCCUUGUGUGGAAGUCCCUGCUGCAUCUAUGUUUGGGGCUGUACUGUAUUGCAUUGCAAUGCUACCCUCUAGUGGACUGAUCACAAAAUAUUUGAGCACCAUCCUUCAAGCACAUUUCUUAAGUCAUUGCCUGACCUUUCUCCCUCACUUCCCAUAGGAACCUGAGAUACAUCUCACCCGAGGCCUCCAAUGGGUCAGGGUCGACCAAGAAUGUUGCCUCCAAGCUGUAUAGAUAUGUAAGACAGGACAGUACGAUAUAGAGAACAAGCAGUUGCCCAUACAGUAGGCUCCCUCUCUCCAUGCAGCUGAUCAACCCAAAGGAACAGCAGAGACUGAUACGGUUUAGCACCAAAGUUGUAGGAGUUGCCGUUCAGUGUUGAACUCAACGGUGGGACACCAGCUCCAGAUUUUUCCCUCAGGGUUUACACCUAAAGCCUUCCCCAUGAGUAGGUAUAGCUGCAAGGCCGCAGAGGUUUGAGAUCAGUUUUCCUUCUCCUUGAUGAGCUGCCAACGAACCCCGUCUGCCCAAAGCAACUGGUUUUAAGGCACCAGUAAGCCACCUUUGACCCUUCUUCUGUCCAGAGAAACAGUGCACCAGGCUUAGUAGCUAAGCCACACGUUAAGGCCAUGAGCUGGACUUGGUUGUCAGCUGCUACUCGAGAUACACACCAUUGGAAGCUUUCACUUAUCCCCACUACCACCGCUGCUAUAACAACCUUGAGGAAUUACCCUCCUACAAAGACUCCUGGUUAAUUGUAACCCAUUUUAGAAAUUCAUCAAACUCUCCACAUUUCCUUAAGAAAUACAAAAGAGCAGUGUUUUCAUUUAAGACUAUAUUAUUAACCUUUGGUUUCAGGCAGAUUGGCAAGAGAUGGGACACAAGUGGGGAAUGGUGUCAAAUUCAGAAUGUCAACCAAGUUCCCACCCCAACUCUCCAUGCAGCUUUCACUUCAGCAAAAAGUGUCAGCGCCCACCACCCCUCAUGCAACACAAAACACCGAAAGAGAGACUACGAUCUGCAGUCAACACAAACCACUGUUUACCCAACAGUUUGACAUGGCACAAGCACGGAGAGAUAUCACCCAUUUUCACAGUGAAAGGGGAGACUGACUGUCACGAUGUUAGUCUGCCGCAUUACCUUUCCAUACACCCGUUGCAGCAAAAUCCCAAUGUUCCAUCUCCCACGAUGCCUCGGCAAGAAACACCGGCCUGAAAUUGGUCAUCCACAGGACUACACCCCUGGAGGCGCCAUCCUUCAAUAGUCUAACUUCUCUUUGGACUUGAAGGCAAUUCGAUGUGGCAGAACCAAAGCGAGGUGAGGCAGCAGGGCCGUCACAGAGAACGAGCAAAUCCCGAGACAAUCAAUUUAAGUGCCAGGCUGAAUCGAGGCGGCGGAUUCCAGGCCACAGAGCCUAUUGAAGUGACGGAACCUGAUGCCAGAGGCGAGGGAUGGGCCAGUUCAGUUCGUUGCUCUACGAUGUUUACUCGGCUCUGAGCUGAACUAUCAGUCUUGCAUUCUCUUGGUGGACUUCAGUUCAGAAGCUAUUUUGUUUACAGUGAUUGCUUGCAUUUGUUUUUUUUUUCUUUCUUUUUCUCUGCACAUUGGGUGUUUGACCAUCUUUCUAAUGGGUUCUUUUGGGUUUCUUUGUUUCAUGGCUGCCUGGUAGAAGACAAAUCUCAAGACAGUAUAAUGCAUAUAUACUUCGAUAAUAGAUGUACUUUGAACUUUAACAGGCAGGACCAGUGGCUCAGUGUUCCAGAACAUUAUGGCAGCUCUCAGGAUCGCUUGGAAAGCCCUUCCUACAAAUCCAUAUGGAUAGAACUUACAAAUACAAAAGGGGUGAUCACUGUGUGCUGGGUUUAUAUUCUAGCCUCCUCCAACCACACCCUCCUCCACCAAGCAGUCAGUGGAAGCAGAAUCAUAACAGGCUGAUUGACAAAUUAUUAGCCUCCCCAUAUUGACCAGGAUGUCUUGGUGUAAGGGGAAGGAUUUGUAAAGUACGUUCAGGAGAUCAAGGCUCAAGCUUGUUUACUGUCAUUCAUCAGUACACAAAUGAAAAGGAGAACAGAGCAAUUGCUACUCUGGAUCUGAUGCAACACAAAAAAACCCUGAGUUAACGAACACAAUAAUAAUAAAAAACAAUAAAUAUAAAUAUAUAAGAUAGCUUACAAUCAAUGUACAUAUGUCCAUAAGAUGAUGCUAGACACAGAAGUGUCUGUACAUAAGGUGACUGACUGGAAAUGAUAAAGGUGAUUGGGGUGUGGAGGGGUGGGUUAAUGGGUGGAGGUUAGGGAAAGUUACAUAAAGAACACAAUAAAUAUAAAAGCAAUUCUAUAAAACAAUGCAGAAGUAACUUGAGUGGGGCUAUAUAUACACACAGAUUAGCUGACAUACAGAAACUGAUUAUAUAUACACACAAGUAACACUAGGUGCAGGAGUAUCUAUAGUGGUGACUCUGACAGGAAAUGAUAGUAUGACAAAGUGACUCUAGGCAAGAGGAACUCUUCUAGGUAGAAUGAUUUACGAUGACCAAUUAAUCUACUAACCAGUACAUCUUUAGACCUUGGUAGGAAAUCUGAGCACCCGGAAGAAACCAAUGCAGUCUCGGGACGAACAUACAAACUUUCAAACAGAGGACACCAGAAAUGAAUCCAACAUGUGGGUAAAACAACAUGCAACAAGUGAAAGAGAUGGUGAGAGAUCAGAGUCUUGGCUGAAAGACAAGGAUGGCAAGGUUAGGAAACCCCAGGUGACAAGAUGUUGUCGAGUUGAAGAAAAAAGCAGAGUCAUAAGCAACACAGUGGGAGAAUCCCUAUAGGAAAAUAGUACAGGGGGGUGUUUACAAAACAAAUGGGGUGCAAAAAAAGGCCAUAAUACAAGGUUAGUUGCAUCUCAAGGAAUUCCAUAAAUAAAGCAGCCAGAGAGAGGGAGAGUUUCUUUUGGGACCGCUUGUGGAGCCCAGAGAUGUGAGCAAGAAUUUAUGAACUUCCAUGAACAUGAAUGGGAAACAUUUAGGAGAUGGGCCAAGUGCAGGCAAAUGGAACUGGCUCAGGAAGGCACUUUGGUGAGUAUUCAAGAGUUAAGCCAAAGGCCCUGUUUCCCUGCUCUAUGACUCUUUCCAGAACCUGCUGCAACUUGCAAACUCGCAUUAAGUCCUGAUGUUAGCUUCUCAGCCCCAGAGAAUAGCUUUGUUAUCUUUUUUUGACAUUCGUCUCUUUCUACAUCUCUGCAAGGCAAGAACAAUCGAAGGAUCUACGAUUUCUCCUAGUAUUCACACGCCAUUGAGUCUGAUACAAUAUACCUCUCUUCACGUCCAAUACCUCCCUUGUUCAGUGUCUUGAACUGUGUAAAUUCCAAAUGUAGAGCUAACGAGUUUUAUACAGGUCAGUUAGUGAAGGCUUACUGGACAUCAUCUGUCAGCAGGCUGGACCCCAUCAGAUGAGCAUACGAGUCGGACCAUGCAUGGCUCGAGUGUUACCAGUGUCUGCAUAGUCCUGCAUUCUUUCUGCUAGGGCAGAAUACCAAUUGUUUUGCAUCUGUCUCCGUUUGGCUUGGACGAUGCUGCAUGCAGCUCUGUAUUCUGCCUUGGCCACUUAGGCAUUGGGUCUAGACAGCACCACUUGACGGUGGGAGCGUUUCUUCAGGAGCAGAUUCCAGAUUUCAAUGUUGUUUUCAUCAAACCAGACUUUGUUUCUUCUUGAAGAGUACCCAACUACCUCGACAGCCGCAUCUUGGAUAGCAUCACGUGCUCCCAUUUCUUUUCUGUGUCAGAGUCUGCGCUUGGGGUGUCUUUGCUGUCCAGCUUCUCCCUUAGCUUGAUCUGGAAUGCAUCACUGAGGCCAAAGAGCUUAUCCACCUGGAGUCUUUUCAACCAUGGUCCCCUUUUCCUUAUUGCUGGCUUGAUAGCCAGUCUAACUUCCGCCCUGACCAGUCUGUGAUCCGUAUAGCAGUCUGGUGUGUAGAACAUCCGACACAUCUUUUUGGCGCACAGGUUGUAGUCCAGUAGGUACCGGUGUUUCAGGUCAUCUUGAACCUGGCUUUCUGUUGAAACAGUGUAUUUGUUAUAACCAGGCCUAAUACUGUGCAGAACUCCAGCAGCAUCCACCCGUUGUCAUUGCAGUUUCUGCCACCAUGAUGACCCGAGACCCCAGGCAUACCUUGAAGUCACCUAGGACGAUGAUCUUGUCUGCCCUGUUUGUUUCCAAUAGGAGGGAUUUCAGCUCCCCAUAGAACGCCUCUUUGACAGCAUGGUCUGCCUGUAGUGAGGGGGAAUAGACACCUACAACCACAUUUUGGUUGUGUUGCAGCAGGAGUCACAGGGACACAAAUCAAUCCAAGUGUCCAAUAGGCUUUGAAGCUUAUUGAAGAUGGUGCUUCUGAUCAUGAAGCCCACCCGAGAGUCUGCUCUCAUUGCUCCUUCUGCCUGACCAGAAGAGAGUGUAGCCUGCACCAGGCUCAUCAAAGAUCCUUGAUCUGCAAAAUAUACUUUACUUGUAGCAGCGAUGUCAAUAUCCAGUCAAGCUAGUUCUCGAGCCACAGGUGCUGAGCACCUUUGGCGUCAGUCACCUUCUGUGGAGUCCUACAAUGUGCGUACAUUCCAGCAGGCGAUUUUGAGGUAUGUUGACUUCCUUGAUAGAAAGCCAUCAUGAGGUGAUGGACAGAGCACCACGAGAGCCUUUUCGGGAAUAAUCAUCAAGAACAAGCAGCAUCCAUUGGUAUGAUCCCCCAGCACGCAAUCAGGCUUAAGCUUGAUGGCCAGCUAACUUUGUAUGAGGUCAAAGCCACUACUUCCAAGCAAAAAUGCCACAAAGCCCCAGGCAUUAAUGGGAUCCCAACAGAAGCGUACAAAAUGGGCGGAGACAUUCUCCUGAGCAAACUCUCAAAUUUGUUCACACUCUGUUGGGAGAAAAGUUCAAUCCCAAAUGAUGCUGUAAUUGUCUCCCUGUGUAAGAAUAAAGGGGAGAAAUUCCAUUGCUCAAACUACAGAGGCAUUACCCUACUGUCCACGAUCAGGAUGGUCGUCACCAGAAUUCUCUUGGCCAGUCACCCCUACCAUUGCCGAAGGCAACCUCACCGACAGUCUGUGUGAUUCAGAGUGAACAGAGGCACAUCCAACAUGAUCUUCAUCCUGCAUCAGAUACAAGAGAAGUGUCAUGAACAGAACAUGGGACUGUACGCAGUGUUCAUUAACCUGGCCAUUGGCUUUGAUGCAGUCAGCCGCGAUAAGUCUCUGGAAGAUUCUGUCGAUGUUCAGCUGUCCCCCAAAAUUCCUCACCAUCCUACAGCAGCUCCAUGACAGCCAAAGCAGUCAGGUUAAACAAAGCAGCGAGCUGUCUGACCCAUUCGAUGUCAGUACCGGCGUGAAACAAGGCUGUGCUUUGGCAUCAACACUCUUUGCCAUGAUGCUAUGGGAAGCAAAAGAGACCACCCCAAAGAGCACUCAUGAAAAUAAUUUCAACCUCCGCCACCUUCUCACCCGAACAAAGACCAUGUAAGAGCCUAUUCUCAAGGUACUAUGCAGAUGACUGUGCUCUUCUCACACAAAUGAUGCACUACAGACUGCAGUCACUCAUUUCGCUAAGGCUGUAAGGGCUUUUGGGUUAACGGUCAGUCUGAAGAAAACAAUGAUCCUCCAUCCGAAGCCCCCUUGUGGCAUUUACAGCCCACCUCGGAUCACCAUUGAUGACCACCUUCUCACCAUGGCUGUGCUGUUCACCGAAUUGGGCAGCGUCAUCUCCAAAGACGCUACAGUAGUAAAGGGCGUUGACAAUCGACUUGCCAGAGCCAGCAGUGGGCGCCUCCAGAAACGUGUGGCAGAGCACCAGCUGUGUUUGUCCACAAAAAUGCAGGUCACAACACUGCUGUACAGCUCCAAAGUCUGGGUCUUGUACCACAAGGAAAUUCAGUUGUUCGAGUGCUUCCAUCAGCGCUGCAUCCGCUCCAUCAUGGGCAUCAUCUGGCAGGGUCUUGUCUCCAACAAUGAGGUCCUGGAGAAGGCUCAAGUUACUUUCUCAGGGCAAGAGAGAUCGUGGUGCCUUGAGCAAGGGGUACAAAGCCCAACUUAAGUGGCAGCUCUCUCAGGCAAAUAUCAAGGUCAACGAGUGGCAGCAGUUGUCUUGUGACAGAAACUGCUGGAGAACACUGAUCCACAGCGCAGCCAAGAAUUUUGAGGAAUCCAGAAGAGCAACUGCUGAAGAAGAGACACAGGAAGGAUCCUGCUACCCAAGCGCCCACAUUCCAGCUGUUCCCAUGUCCCUACUGUGCCAGAGUCUGCAGAACCAGAAUUGGUUUCUACAGUCACCAACAAUCAUGCCAUCGCUCCUGAGGACUCUUCUUCCCUCCUCAUCUUCUCAAACAAUGAACCAGCCAUCAGUGGACAUUAUACUCCGACAUACUUCUAAAAUGUGAGACUAGGAAAUGCUCAGCUUCCUUCAAAUGUGUCAAAACCUUUAAGCAGUUAACACCAACCCAUCAGCAGCCCCGACCUUCUGCCGUAAAGUCAAAUCAACCCAUCAGUAGACCCUCCGACUUCCUGCCGUAAAGACAUACCAACCCAUCAGUGCCCCCCUCCGACCUCCUGCCGUAAAUGCGGGAGGCGGUAGAGGCUAAGCGUCGGGAAGCGAGCGGUCAAGCCGCCGCUAUGGCGGGCCGCCGGCUGCUACCGCUGUUCCUCCUGAUACUGCUCCUGGCCCCAGUGGGCGGCCAGCGGGAGGCCAAGCCGUUCCAGCCGGCAUCGGCGCUCUCCCAGUUCGAGUUCGGGUCGGCGAGGAGCGGUUACAGUGGCGCGGAGAGCUCGGACGCCGAAAUGCCGCUGUUGGUGUGGUGGAGCGAGCAGCUGUUCCCUCACUUCCCUCGCCGCCGCCAGCGCAUCGAUUGCGCCGCCGGCUCCUGCCUCAGCACCAGCCGGCGCCGCGCCGCCCCCGCCGCCGACGCUCUCAUUUUCUACGGCACCGAUUUCCGAGCGUACGAGGCGCCGCUACCGCGGCCGGCCCGACAGGCCUGGGCCCUCUUUCACGAGGAGUCGCCCAUGAACAACUACCUGCUGUCGCACGCCGCCGGCAUCCGCCUCUUCAACUACACGGCCACCUUCCGCCGCCACUCCGACUACCCGCUCGCCCUGCAGUGGCUGCCCAGCCUCGACUAUCUGCUCAGACCGCCACUGCCGCUCGCCCAGAAAGGCCGAGGCCGCGCACCUGUCCUCUACCUGCAAUCCCACUGCGAGGUCGCCUCCGACAGGGACCGCUACGUCCGCCGCCUCAUGGAGCACCUGCAGAUUGACUCCUAUGGCCAGUGCCUGCAGAACAAAGAGCUGCCCAGUCACCGGCUUGUGGACACUCUGACAGCAACAACAGAAGAUUCAGAAUUCAUGGAUUUUAUUAGCAAGUACAAGUUCCACCUCGCUAUGGAGAAUGCAAUCUGCGAUGAUUACAUGACAGAGAAACUGUGGCGCCCCAUGCACUUGGGAGUGGUUCCAAUAUACCGCGGUUCCCCUGUGGUGCAGGACUGGAUGCCCAAUUCCCACUCUAUAAUUCUGAUCGAUGAUUUCAAAUCUCCAAAGGACCUAGCAGACUACAUCAAUUUUCUGGAUCAGAAUGACGAGGAGUACAUGAAAUAUCUGGAGUAUAAACAGCUAGGAGGCAUCACCAACACAUUGCUGCUAGAAACUCUGGAGAAGCGGGAAUGGGGCGUGAACGACAUCAACAAACCCAACUAUUUGAAUGGAUUUGAAUGCUACGUCUGCGAUCAGGAGAACAUACGCCUUUGGGCAGAGAAGGCACAUCGAGAACAACCAGACAAAUUUCCACCACCAGCCCCCAGGAUAGCUGCUUAUAAACACAUGGGGUGUCCACUUCCAGAGCCGGGGUAUGGAAACUUCGAUGACAUACCUGACAAUGACAGUUGGAAACAAAUGUGGCAGCAAGAUUAUUGGCAGAGUGUUGACCAAGCUGAAGCCCUGACAACCAUGAUUCUCCGGAAUGAGACCGACUCAAGUAAACUGUGGGAUUAUGUUCAUCAACUGUUAAUGAAGAGGACUAAACACUAAUACUGGGAGUAAAACCGUUCACAAAUCUGACUUGAAAAUCAUGCCAAAAGUGGAUAAGUCCUACUGCAUGUGUGUGAUUUAAUGGUCAUGUGGACUUAUCUAUAGAUCUAUUUUCAUUGAGAAUAAUUUCUUACGAUUUUAUAUUUUUGUAAGUUCAUUCAUUCUGCUUAAAAGGCCAAAAAUAUGCAGUUUUUUAAACUUUAUGGGGGUGUAAGGAAAGAAAUGUUCACCCUCGUUGAACUGAUUGCAGGAAUCCAUUGGUCCAGCACAUACAUUAUACUGUCUGUUGUAAAACAUAGAACACUACAUCACAGUACAGGCCCUUCGGUACACAAUGUUGUGCUGACCUUUUAACCUUCUACGAUCAAUCUAACUCUUCCCUCCCUCAUAGCCCUCCAUUUUAUGUUAUAAAGGUCGUGCUAAGCUGUACAUGUUGCACUCACUUGGGUUGGUAGGUUAACUGGUCACAGUAAAGCCCCUGCUGUGUAGGUGAAUGGAAGAAUCAGUGGUUCAUGAGUUAUACAGCACGGAAACUGACCCAACUCAUCCAUGCCGACCAAGGUUCCCAUCUAAAUUAAUCAUAUAUGGCGCAUAACCCUGUAAACCUUUCCUGUAAUCUUAAACAAAUCUUUUGCACUGACUUUAACCUGCUUUUAACAUUCAUUCAGACUUGUACCUUAUUCAGUGCUAACAGGAAGGUAGAAAUGGUACACUUCCAUUUCAGUCUUGAAAGAGUUAAAGGGAGUGUGGGAUGAAUAGAAUGGCAUUCGAGUGGUGUUUCAUUAAAACAAUAGCUUCUUGGAUUUGGCUUAAUGCGACAGAAAGCCACAAACUCCAAUUAUCUACUUAGAACUACAAAACUACUGUACGUUUAUUAGGAUAGAAAAGAACAGAGCAAGUAUUAAAACGUUUUUCUAUGCGCAGCACCUCUCUCGAUCUGCAGCUUUGUUCAAGACCAGCCCGUCAGUGAAGCCCCAAAAAACUACCCCCAAGCCCCCUGACUGCUCUACUGUUAUAUCUUUGCACUGAUUUGAAAUGCUGCAGUAAGCGAACAAGUACCUCGCACUAUCUCAAACCACCGGGUCAGAACCAAUCAUCACUUGUCAACACUCGUCAUGAGUCCCAGCCCGUGUUUAACUAACACUCCUGUUCCCAUGCUUGCUCCAUAGUAUUGCAUUCUCAUGCUCUGUUCCCAUCAUAGUAAUCAGUGCUCUGACAGACACUUCUGUUACAUUCAAGGCCACAGUGGUGGUGAGACAGUCAAAACCCUUUACAAUACAAGUGGAAUUGGUGCCAGUGGGUGUUCGAUGUUUGGCACAGUUCGAGCUGGUUGAAGAGCCUGUUUUCAUGUUUUAUGACUCUGACACAUGCUGGUCUCUCCCUUUUAUGGACUUAGACCAUCAGAUGUAGGAGCUGAAUUAGGCCCUUUGGUCCAUUGAGUCUGCUCUGCCAUUUCAUCAUGACUAAUCCAAUUUUCCUCUCAGCCCCAGUCUCCUGCCUUUACCCCGUAUUCCUUCAUGCCCUGAGCAAUCAAGAAUCUAUCAUCCUCUUCCUUAAAUAUACAUAAAGGCUUGACCUCCACAGCUGACUGUGACAAAGUAUUCCACAGAUUCAGCACUCUCUAGCUAAAGAAAUUCCUCCUCAUCUCCAUUCUAAAAGGACAGUCCUAUUCUGAGGCUGUGCCCUCUGGUCUCAGACUCUCCCACCAUAGGAAAUAUCUUCUCCACAUCCACUCUAUCAAGGCCUUUCAUCAUUCUAUAAGUUUCAAUGAGGUGACCCUUCACUCUUCUGAAUUCUACUGAAUACAGGCCUAGAGACAUCAAGCUCUCCUCAUAUGAUAAGCCGUUCAAUCCUGCAAUCAUUUUUGUGAACCUCCUUUGAACCCUCUCCAGUUUUGUCACAUCCUUUCUAAGCUAAGAGGCUCAAAACUGCUCACAAUCCUCCAAGUGAGGCCUCACUAGUUAGUGUUUUAUAAAGUUUCAACAUUACUUGUGGAUAUCUCCUCAGCUACACUGUACAAGAAGAUAAGAAAUUCUAAAUGUUAAACACGAGAUUCUGAGAAGCUGGAAAUCUAGAGUGACAAACAAAAUGCUGGAGGAACUCAGCAGGUCAGACAGCAUCUACGGAGAGGAAUAAGGAGUUGACAUAUAAAAUUUGAAGUAAAUUCAUUAUCGAAGUACACAAAUCUCACUAUAUACUAUACUACCCUAAGAUUAUGUCACAGUACAAAGAAACACAAUAGAGUCAAUGAAAAACGUCGUGCAACAAAGACGAGAAACAACCAAUGCACAGAAGACAACAAACUGAGCAAAUACAAAAAAAGGCUGGUGGCGUAGUGGCAUCAGCACCGGACUUCGGAGCGAAGGCUCCUGAGUUUGAACCCAGCCGGCUCCCCAGGCACGCUUUCCAUCCGUGCUGGGUUGAGCCUCGAGCUAGCAACUCAACCUCGUAAAAAAGAAAUUGCCUGCUACAGAAACAUCAACAGCAAAAAACUGAUGGCCUACGCUCUCUCGUGAGUUUAAAAGGCAAUUUCCUUUCCUUACAUAAGUAAUAUCUAGAACAUGAGUUGUAGAGUCCUUAAGAGUGAGUCCAUAGAUAUUGGAAUCAUUUCAUUGUUGAGGUGAGUGAAGUUAUCCUCUCUGGAUCAAAAGCCUUUGGUUGAUGGGUAAUAGCUGUUCCUGAACCUGCUAGUGUGGACUUGAGAUGUUUCAGCCUGAGACCCUUCAUCAGGAAGUAACACUAUGCUGUGGGCAUUACAGAGGGGUGUUUAGAUGUCACCUUCUCUUCCAUUCCUUAACCCUUUUGGUCUAAUUAUUGUCUUUCAUGAAGGGGUUGCAAAGUAAGUUUGGAUUAAACUAUAAAGCAGAUAAAAGCCAUUUAGCUCCGGAGUCUCAGCUCCCUCCCAAUGAUAGUCUCAGGAAGUAACCUCACAUCUCCACAUUCCCCAGUGCCCCAAGUCUUCUAGCCUGCAUGUGAUCUCCCCCCCACCCCUGAGUAUCAUCUUGACUAUAAUCACCAACUACUAAUCCUUCACCAAGAUCCAAUUAGUUCCCCCAACUAUCCACACAAACUCCAAAUAGCAUCUGCCCCACAGAUAUCCAGAAGCCAACACACACCCAACCUCCGCAUUCCUCUUGUUCCUGACCGCUCGACCUAUUAGUUUGCCCUGACUCUCCUGAUCCUUAAUCUACCCACUCCACCCCUGAUCUCUGCUGCCUCGAGGUGCACUGGGCUGUCUUGGAUUUGCCUGACUUUCUGGGCUUCAGUACUUCUUGACCACAGUCCCACUCUUAGCAAUAGUACGAUCUUGCAUAUUAUCAUUGUGUUUCCUAAUCCAUUUUGUAAUAUGGGGGUCAGAUCUGUGCAUAUUGUUCCCCCUUACCUAACCUAUGUUCUAUGUCAUUUUAACAUAACUCUCAUCUUCUGAACUCCAGUAACUGGUCUGAAGCCAGGACCACAUAUAGUUUUUGAGUGAACCAAGAUUAAAGAUUUACAGUCACAGAGCUAAACAGACUGAAACAGGCUGUUAACAACAGGAACUCUGCAGAUGCUGGAAAUUCAAGCAACACACAUCAAAGUUGC